UCUCUCACCUCUCUCUCUUCACUUUCUAACAAUUUUCAAAGAAGCUUCAUAAUCUCUAUAUAUAUUCAUUCAGCAACAAGAAACUAAUACAAGCCAUUAAACAUAGUAUAGACAAAACACAGAGAGCUCCCUUCAGUUGCAGAUGAAACCAAUGAGAUUUUCUUGGAAGAAUAUAUGUCUUCCCAUAAGCUGCAUCAGUAACACAAACCAGAAGACUGCAACAAACCCAUCAAAGGAAAGACUUCUUCUGCUCUCCAGACAAACCUCUGUUCCAAGCAAAGUCUACAUGUCGGAUUUCAGCAAUUCAACCAUCUCACUCAACGACUUCUCAAACUCUUUCCUCAUAAACAUUCACAUCUUCUCCUACGAAGAGCUCAAAACGAUCACACAAGGCUUCUCAAAGUAUAAUUACCUCGGUGAAGGAGGAUUCGGGGAAGUCUACAAAGGUUUCGUUGAUGAUACCCUCAAGACUGGUUUGAAAGCUCAGCCUGUUGCUGUUAAGGCCUUGAAACGAGAAGGUGGACAAGGACAUAGAGAGUGGUUGGCUGAAGUUAUAAUCCUUGGUCAGUUGAAGCAUCCCCAUCUGGUGAGAUUGGUCGGGUACUGCUGUGAGGAUGAUCACAGGCUUCUUGUCUACGAAUACAUGGAACGAGGCAAUCUGGAAGAACAUUUAUUUCAAAAGUAUGGUGGAGCCUUGCCUUGGUUAACAAGAGUGAAGAUUCUACUUGGUGCUGCGAAAGGCCUUGAGUUCCUUCACAAACAAGAGAAACCUGUCAUAUACAGAGAUUUUAAGCCUUCCAACAUCCUCUUGAGCUCGGACUUCAGCUCUAAGCUUUCAGAUUUCGGCUUAGCCACAGAUGGAUCAGAGGAAGGAGACUCAAGCUUUACCAAAAGUGUAAUGGGCACAGAAGGCUAUGCAGCUCCGGAAUACAUCUCAGCAGGUCAUUUGACAACAAUGAGCGACGUGUUCAGUUUCGGGGUGGUGCUUUUAGAGAUGCUAACUGCUAGAAACGCAGUUGAGAAGUACCGGGCAAAGAGAGGGAGGAACCUAGUGGAAUGGGCAAGGCCCAUGUUAAAGGAUCCCAACAAGCUUGAACGGAUCAUAGACCCGAGUCUCGAAGGGAAAUACUCAGUUGAAGGCAUCAGGAAGGUAGCGGUUUUAACUUACCAAUGCCUGAGCCACAAUCCUAAGUCACGACCCACUAUGACCACUGCUGUCAAGACCCUACAGCCUAUCUUAGACCUCAAAGACAUCCAAAACGGACCGUUUGUGUACAUAGUUCCAGUGGCAGGUUCAAACGAAGUUCAUGACAUCAAAUGUAAAGAUGAUGUCAAAGUCGUAAAAGAGGAAACAGAGAAGGAGAUAAAAGUCUGUCCACGACGUCAAGCAGGUCGAAAGAACAGACGUAAACACAAGGCAAUGAGGUCUCGUGCAGUAUAUUCAGACACUGCUCUGUACAAGAGUCUAGGAACCAGUUUGUAUACCCCGGCCAACUAAAUUGGUGAACAAAAUACAAAAUUAUUUAAUUUUUAUACAGGUAUAGAUAUUAGGAUACGUUAGUAUACAGGGAAAAUACCAAAAAGGUUGUGUUAGAUAAAUGAAAAUACCAUAAGGUUUCAUGAAAUUCUGCAAAUGUUGUGAUAGAAACAUAGCUUAAAAAGUGAGCUAAAUAGAUAUUUAGCAGUCAUUUUUCAAUUUUGUAACCUCAGAUGUAUAAGUCUGAAUUGUAUGCGUGUU